ACUUACUUCAGACGUUCCAAAGCCUCGGAGUUGGCUCGAGAUUGCCAGUCUUUGAUAAGGUCCUUACAAGCUAGUAAAAACGUUGUCGUUCCAGAAAACCCCCUGACAGCUUUCUAAGUACGGCCGACUAUUGUUCAACAGUGUGUUUUGGGAUCUAUAUAUUGGCUGAAGCGUGUGGCGAUGUAAUUCAGUGAAUUUUAUUUGCUUCUAUGUUUUUUGAUAUCGGAAAUAUGUUUAGAUGUUUUUAUGUAUCUUCCGGGACCAGGCCGGCGGUUCUUUACUUUGAUGUCCACUGUUAAACCCUCAGCCCGUUCGUUUUGAAAUAGCCUAGAGGAGAUCUGCAGCUUGCUAUGACUACUUGAAACAGUACCUGGGGAAGGGGAAACGAGCUUUCUUUUCGGGGUUACAUUUUAUAUUCCUCUUCUUUCUGAGAUAAACAUCAGAGCGGAGUAGACUAACACCAGCUUUCUGAUAGUGUUAUUGUAAUACUUUUUGGGUUGUUACUUUUUUUCUGCGUGAACCGUUUCUGAUCAUACGGGAAAGGACUCGUGUGCAUCGAUGAGUGAAAAGGAGCCGAGAAACUCCCCCGCGGAUUUCAGAGAGUGAGGAGGAUUACAGUGGAGCUCAUAGCAGGCACAACGGCACACACGGCAACCGGAGCUGGAGCCAUGAGCAGAGCGCUUACGGUCCAUAUCAGCAGUAGCUUCCGAGAAGAUGCUCCCCGUCCCCCGGUGCCGGGGGAGGAGGGAGAGGCGUCAUGCCAUACUCCCUGCAAACAUGCCAAAAUGAGAGCCCAAAACAAGGCUAACGCUGUCACCGUCGCGUCUCCCGGCUCCACGCCGAGGAGGAACGAGGAUGGACUCGGGGAACCUGAGGGUAGCGCGUCGCCGGAUUCACCCCUCGCCCGGUGGACCAAGUCGUUGCAUUUUCUCCUGGGUGACCAAGACGGUGCUCACCUGUUCAGGACCUUUCUUGAGCGCGAGAAAUGCGUGGACACUUUGGACUUUUGGUUCGCCUGCAACGGGUUUAGGCAAAUGGACCUCAAUGAUACCAAAACGCUACGAGUUGCCAAAGCUAUUUUCAAGCGGUACAUUGAAAACAACAGCAUUGUUGCCAAGCAGUUGAAACCUGCCACUAAAACCUACAUAAGGGAUAGUAUUAAGAAGCAACAAAUAGACUCUGCGAUGUUUGACCAAGCACAAACGGAAAUUCAGUCAACCAUGGAGGAGAAUGCGUACCAGAUGUUUUUAACUUCUGACAUAUACCUUGAAUAUGUGCACACGGGGUGCGAGAACACGGUUUAUGCCAACCAUAGCGGUCUCGGGAGCCUCAAAUUGAUGUGCGGAUUUCUGCCACCUCUCAUUGAGGAAGAGGAGUGGAGUUGUGACUUGAAGGAGAAAACGUUAGCCUCUGUGGUUGGACUAUCUGCUAAUGCGCUACGGGCCACUGCUUCCAUUCGGACUGCGGCGGAAGUGCUGGAGAAUGGGUACAGGUCACACAGACGCGGAGACCCGGCCAGUCCCUACUUUGUCAACUCGGGCUAUGUGUUUGCCCCCGCCACCAGUGCCAACGACAGCGAGAUCUCCAGCGACGCCAUGACGGACGACUCCAUGUCCAUGACCGACAGUAGUGUAGAUGGCAUCCCUCCAUACAAGCUGGGCACCAAGAAGCAGCUCCAGCGGGAGAUGCACCGCAGCGUCAAGAUCAACGGCCUGGUCUCGCUACCCCACUUUCCUAGGACACACAGGCUGCCUAAGGAGAUGACGCCGGUGGAGCCCUCGGCAUUCGCCGCCCAGCUCAUCUCCAGACUGGAGAAACUGAAGAGGGAGCAGGACACCAUGAGCUCACUGGAGGAGAGGCUACAGCAGAUCCAGGAGGAGGAGGAGAGGGACGAGAGCGACCCCUCCACCACCGUCCCGCUCCAUCACCCCCUGCUUCCCCCCUCGUCCGACGAGGACGCUCAGGCCAUCCUAGACGAGCACCUGUCCCGGGUGCUCAAGACGCCCGGGUGCCAGUCGCCCGGCGUGAUCCGCCACUCGCCCCGCUCGUGCUCUCCCGACCGGCCCUCCGCCUCCGUGGUCCCCUUCCUGGGGCCCUCGUAUCCGGGGGCCACCAAGGGCCCGUUGGCUGGGAGCAGGCAGUCGACCAAGCACAUCCACCACCACUACAUCCACCACCACACCGCCACCGGCCCCAAGAGCAAGGAGCAGAUCGAGGCCGAGGCGGCGCAGCGCAUGCAGUGCCUCUGUCCCCCAGGGGGCGCCGACUACUCCGACUUCAUCCCCGGCCGCUGCAGCAGUUUGUCCAAGCGGUCGGGGAAGCCGUGCGAAGGCAUACGCCUGAGCCAGGCCAACGGCAGCGACGGGGUCACGUCCCCGCCCCACCUGCCCCUGGACUCCACGGACCGCUCGCAGAACGUCUGGCAGUGGAUCCUGGAGAGCGAGAGGCAGGGCAAGAACAAACCUCACGGCAGCACUCAGGGCCUGAAGAAGAGCCACCUCCCGGACCCCUCCACGCCCAAGACGCUUCCCGUCCGAACGCACUCUUCCUGGGGAGGCGUGUGCGGCACGGGGGGUCACCUCCGUGGAGGUCACCAUCCGGCCCACCCCUUCAUCCAGGACCCGGCCAUGCCCCCCCUGCCCCCGCCCAACACUCUGGCCCAGUUAGAAGAAGCCUGCAGGAGGCUAGAGGAGGUCUCCAAGCCCCCCAAACAGAGGCAUUCAACGGCCAGCCUUCAAAGAGACCGGAGUCACCCUGUGCCUUUCCCCAGUGGAAACCCACCUCUGUCCAGCCCCGCACUUCAAACAGACGAGUGGAAAGAGCCAAAGAAGUCGAUCAGCGGCGUGAGCGUGUCUGGCUGUGACCCGGUGGUCACCUACUUCUUCUGUGGUGAGGAGAUCCCCUACCGCAGCAUGAUGAAGACACACAGUCUCACCCUGGGACACUUCAAGGAGCAGCUUAGCAAAAAAGGCAAUUACAGGUACUACUUCAAGAAGGCCAGCGAUGAGUUUGAGUGCGGGGCCGUGUUCGAGGAGGUAUGGGAGGACGGCGCCCUCCUGCCCAUGUACGAGGGCAAGGUCCUGGGUAAGGUGGAGAGGAUGGACUGAUGCCGCCCUUAUGCCCACCUUUACCCACCCUACCUUACCCAUCAACCAAAUACCCAACCUCCAGGGUACAGACUGUCGCGAGGAACCAGAGUGAUUGACUUGAUUGGGGGGAAACGCUCUAGACAUUCUUUUCUACUAUUAAGCUAAAUAAGAGUUAAUAUAUCCAGCACGAGGAGUGUGAUUGAAGGAACACGAGCCAAUGAAGUAUGCCGAACACAGAAGAGGCCCCGCCCCCCUGACUUUCUAAACCAAUCAGCCUUAGAAACACAAGGGAAUGACACUACAGACAGAGAGAGAGACGGCGACUGGAGGCCUUUAGGCUCCCUGAAUUUAACCACUGAAGAUGCAGAUGACUGUUUGUCCAUUACGAGAGACUAACGUUGCGAUUUAAAUAAUGGUAACGUUGUGAGAACGUUGCUCCCUGAUCACCUGCAGUGGACUGGCUACAGCACCAGAAGCCCUGCGAGUGCCGCCACCUGCUCUUAUAACAUUGUGCUAACGUUGUGCAAACGUUGUUACAAAAUUAAACUUCUGUACGUGUGCAUAUACAUACAUGCAAAUAUGUGUAUAUAUACAUGUAUUAUAUUAUAUUGAUGCGUUUUUGUCAUGAGUUGAAAGUUUGAGUAUUUAUUUAAAAAAUGUCCUCUCCCUCACCUUCAACUUGUCUACCCCCAAACCCCCCCCCCAUGUCCAGUUGAUGGACAAGCUGCUUCGAGUAUUGGGAGAAUACUGUGGUGAUUUUUAAUUUUUUAUUUACCUUGUAACGUCACGAAGGUCAUGACACUAGCCUAGUGCCCCCUCCCCCCCCCCCCUUUACUCCUGUCCAACCUCACUAUACCAGGGGUCUGCUGAGACUGAACCUUCCACUGUCGUAGUAAACCAACCAACAACCCAGUCUUAAUAUAUAUGCUGCUGCUGAUGUGUGUUCUCUUCCGUUUCUAAGCCAGAGUAAGAGUAGUUGCUUUUCUCUCACUCCAGCACCGAGCUCUAUCCUUUUUAGUUGUUGUGCCUUUGUUUGUGGACCAGGCACCACACAGGGAAAGACGAGAAAGAAAGAAAGACGAGAAAGAAAGAAAGACGAGAAAGAAACAUGAAUUAGGAUUAGGUGAACAGAGAGGACCUGGAGAAAUAAAGUGUUUACAGCGAGCACACCAAUAUAACCUUGUCUCCGCUUCUAUUGAAAUAACCACCUCUCCAGGAAGCGCUGGCUUAAUAUCGCCCACGUUUCAAAAUGGCUUCCGAUCCAUAUUUAUUAGCAAAGGAGAAAAAAAGCGUUUGAGAAAUGUUGCUCCAAUAGCUUUUUGAAUGUUGUGAGGAGAACAUCUUAAACGACGGAGCUCCUGUAUACAUUUGUAAUUAUGCAUUUUUUUUUGACGUAUGGAUAAAAGGACACAAACACAAUGGCUAGUGUUUUUAUGAGUACAGCACCUGUGCCUACAUGGAUGCCAUACCAUGUACUGCCCUGAUUCAGGGUGUUAAUAAUUAUUCCCUUGGUUUUCAGAAGGGUCUUAUGUGGAAAAUAUUUUUUUACGCAUUUAAUAAUAUCAUGUAAUCAUGCUAUUUGUAUUUCCGCCAUGUUUUUUUGUUUGUUGUUUUUGUUGUAUCUAAACUGUAAAUUAUACAUUAUAUACAGAGUUUCAUUUCAAGAUUUACCUGGACCUAUAAUUAUUGUAAUUAUUAAGAGAUGUAGCCUUUUAUUAAAGUUUUAUAUUUUUCAAAUGAAA